AUGGGACUCUGUCCGCCAACACAGUCCGAGCAGAACCAAGAAGAACCGAGCAGACUUCAGUCCAAACACCGAGCGAGAGUCACCGAGGAGAAGGAAACCCGAGUUCCGAGUUCAGCUCCUAGUCUCCAUGUGAGACAAAAACAAAGACCGGAGUCCAAAACUCAAGACCAACAGAUCCACCCGGACCGGCUGCUGCUCCUCUCUCCUCCACAAGGUUCCGGUUCCGAUUCUCCGAACCAACAAAGUUCAGAAAGUAAAAAAGAAGAUCCGCUCCGUCCGUCUCCGUUUCUGUUUCCCUCCAAGUCCAGGACUGAAAAACGACUGAAGGGGGAGAGAGAGGGAGAAAAGAGGGACGGGGGAGGAGCCACAGAGACCCGAGACCUGAUCCAGACCAGCAGGAGGCGGAGCCACAGAGACCCGAGACCUGAUCCAGACCAGCAGGAGGCGGAGCCACAGAGACCCGAGAACUGAUCCAGACCAGCAGGAGGAGAGAGGAGCCUGGAGGAGGUCCAUGAGGGAUUCUGUUUAGGAUCAGAAUACCACAGCUGAGUAUUAGUACUACAGCUGAGUACUACAGGUGUGUAUUAGUACUACAGCUGAGUAUUAGUACUACAGCUGAGUACUACAGGUGUGUAUUAGUACUACAGGUGUGUAUUAAUACUACAGCUGAGUAUUAGUACUACAGCUGAGUACUACAGGUGUGUAUUAGUACUACAGGUGUGUAUUAGUACUACAGCUGAGUAUUACAGAUGUGUAUUAAUACUAUAGCUGUGUAUUAGUACUACAGGUGUGUAUUAGUACUACAUCUGAGUACUACAGCUGUGUAUUAGUACUACAGGUGUGUAUUAGUACUACAGCUGAGUACUACAGCUGUGUAUUAGUACUACAGGUGUGUAUUAGUACUACAGGUGUGUAUUAGUACUACAGCUGAGUAUUACAGGUGUGUAUUAGUACUACAGGUGUGUAUUAGUACUACAGCUGAGUAUUACAGGUGUGUAUUAGUACUACAGGUGUGUAGUAGUACUACAGGUGUGUAUUAGUACUACAGGUGUGUAUUAGUACUACAGGUGUGUAUUAGUAUUACAGGUGUGUAUUAGUACUACAGGUGUGUUUAUUAGGAGCAGACUUUCACACUCCUGUUCAUCCUUUUCUCUCAUUUCUGCAGAUUUUAGUCUGCUAACCUCUGAUCAGCUGAUUGAUCAGCUGAUUGGUGGCUCUGAUCAGCUGAUUGAUGAGCUGAUUGGUCUCUCAGUCUCAUCAGUGUUAUAAUUACAGACACACUGAGCAGCUCCUGAAAUAAACACAGACGAUAAAGAACGGCCGCCUCUCUCCUCUGCUGUUCUGUUUUCAGGAACAUGUUCGGAGGAGGUUCUGAAAAGAAGACGGGUUUGGACCGGAACAUAAAUCUGAAUCCGGACUCUGUUUUUAAAGUUUUCCACAAAGUCAACUUUUACUUUGAAACUCUUGCAGCACAUUUCCUGAUCCUCCUCUCUCAGCCGAAAUCCUCAGACUUUAGAUCUGAUGAAGCCGGACUGCAGCAGCAGAACCCGACCAGAACCCUGACCAGAACCUGACCAGAACCCUGACCCUCCUGUCGCAGAAAAAAAGACUCACUGAUGUUUGUGGACUCAGAGUGUCAGCGGGCCGAGCGCUGACUGACAAUUCAGCCGAGUCUCUGUGGACCUCAUUAGAUCCCCACUCCUCCUGUGUGUGUGUGUGUGUGUGUGUGUGUGUGUGUGUGUGUGUGUGUGUGUGUGUGUGUGUGUGUGUGUGUGUGUGUGUGCG